AUGGUCCUCAGCCGCAAGUGGAGGGAAUAUGUGACGGCACUCAGCGCUACUUUGAUCACGGCGGCGGCUGGGACCACGGUGGGAUGGACGUCGCCCACUCUGCCGAAGCUCUUGAGCAAAGAUUCGCCGAUCGCGACUUCGGGAGAUCAGAGCUCAUGGAUCGCCUCUCUCAUGAUACUAAGUUCAGCUCUCAGCCCAAUCCCAGCGUCUUACUUGGCAGACAGAAUAGGCACAAAAAGGACAUUGCUUCUCGCCGCGAUCCCUUACAUUCUGGGCUGGAUCCUAGUAAUGCUGGCCACAAACAUUCCCACAAUAUACGCCGCCCGGCUGAUUUCCGGGCUGGGUUACGGCAUCGCGUAUACAGCCGCCCCAAUGUAUCUCGGCGAGAUUGCAUCAAAUGACGUUCGGGGUGCAAUGGCCACUCUUAUCACAGUAAUGUCCAAGUUCGGAAUCCUGUCGCAAUACUGCAUAGGACCGUACGUAUCGAUGUUGGGCUUGGCGAGUUUUAACAUCGCCAUACCGAUCAUAUUCGUCGUUACGUUUAGUACUAUGCCAGAGUCUCCAUACUACUACCUCAAAUCGGGCCAAACGAAUUUGGCCGAAAGAUCGCUGAAGAAGCUCAGAGGUCGGGAGUACAUGAUGGAAGAACUGGAGAGCAUGACUCACCUUGUAAAUGAGAAUAUGAAAGAAAAAAGCCGAUGGAAGGAUCUCGUAACGGUGGGUGGAAACAAGAGGGGGUUAAUUAUUUUGUUAGGGAUAUAUUUCACCCAGCAGUUCUGUGGGAGCACAGCUAUAAUAUCAUAUGCAGAGCAAAUAUUCGGAGCCGCCGAAGGCGGCUUGGGGCCGAGAGAGUCGUGCAUAUUAUUUGGUUCAGUACAACUUUUAACGUCUGCUGUAUCGUCCCUCUUAGUAGACAGAUUAGGAAGGAAACCUCUCCUCUUAGUUUCGUCUUGCGGCGUCGGCUUGGCGAACAUUAUUAUAGGAGCGUACUUUUUUAUGAAAUAUGCGAACAAUGAGUACGUGGUUGGCCUCGGCUUUAUUCCUAUUGUCGUGAUACCGAUAUUUAUAUUCUCGUACACCAUAGGUCUGGCUACCGUUCCCUUCGCUAUCACUUCGGAAAUAUUUCCAACUCACAUUAAGUCUAAGGCUACGUGUAUCAUUCAAAUAUUUGUCGCCUUGAUGACGUUUGCUGUAACCAAGUUAUACCAAGUCAUUGCGGACAACUUAGGGAACUACGUAGCCUUUUGGUGCUUCGCCGUACUCUCCAUAGGUGGCGUUAUUUUUAUACUUAUGUUACUUCCUGAAACCAAAGGGCAAUCGUUCGCUGCUAUCCAAGAAAAGUUAUACUGUAGCGAAAAAGUAGUGUACGAGAAAAGGGACGGAGAGGUAGCUAGGGUACAAAUAAAUUUCUAG